AUGGCCAACCUCGAUCUUGCGGGCGUCAUUGGCACCUGGGUCGCGGCAGGCCUGGCUGUGAUCGCGCUAGUGGGUAUUGUCGGGCCUCUUCUUGUUUACAGAGCCAGUCGCAAAGAACGCCAUCGUGCUAUCACUGAAGUUGGCAGGAAUAAUAACUCAUACAUCAGUCCUGGCAUUCCACUUUGGCCGGGUGUUCGCUUUUGGCAGCAGGUUCGCGUGCCUAGACUGGACAAGCCGAAAGCGUUCGAGGAUGAAGAAUGGAAGCUGUUCGAUCCUUCGCGGGCACAUCUAUCGAAUCCUGGACCGGCACCUUCUUGGGUUCAGCUCGGUGCAUCUUUGCAGGCAUACGGCGUGAAAUACACGGCCGACGGCAACCUGUUCGUCAACGGAGGUCGAGCUUAUCUUCCAGUACAUCAGUUUUACCUUCACUUGUUAUGCAUUGUUGGUCGCUUCAGCCGUACGAAGGCCCCGAGAGCUGCCAGGGUUCCCGGAAUGGAUGAAGUUCCCAUAAUUCUGUCUCAGCAGUUCCACACUGGAAAGAAUCGAAGGAUCGUUACUGCUGACGGGAGUCUACUAACGUCUGACGAGGCAUUCUACCGCGGAAUCACUGCACGUGAAGCAAAGCUCUAUGGUCAUUGUGGGACUCUGCAAGUCCGACCCGAUUCCCUGACCUCGACCGCCGAGGGAUCGCCGUACCAAGAUGCAAGACUGCUCAGUUUCAGCACCACGACAUUGUGGCCGGAAAAGGGACAACACAAGGAUCGACUCAGCUUGGUGACUCUUGCCCUUCUGAGUUGUGGAUUUCUGCCCUGUGUGGGUGAUACCUAUAUAUGCCUCAUUGACCAGCCCGAUGACGACAGUGAUGUAGACGAUGAGAGCUCACACCCAUCAGAUCGGGCAAGGAUUACCUAUAACUAUGAACCUGGACUUCUCAGGCGCGGCCGUCGUUCACGACGCAAGCGAGAGGCUCAGUGGCGUGCUAUGGAGCUUCGAGAGGGACGCCUAGACAUCGGAUCACUCCACCAUCUGCUGAAGGAUGAGCAACUGGAGUCGCUGGCUUUCAGGACUGUCCCAAGCAGUCGGUCUCUCGUAGCAGAGAUCGAGAAGUUCGCUGGCGCCACAUUCGUGCCACCAUUAGAAAACUGGAUUCGAGCGAGAGGCAUCGAUCGAGGUGAGGUGUAUGUUCGAAGAUCGGACGCACAGAAGCUGGCACGAGCGCUACUGAUGCUGGAUUGGCACCCACAGGGCUACGUUCUCGCAGGAGCGCGAGAUGACCAGCAAAUGGCUACAGCACUGCUGACAAUGGCGGCACCUAGUGCCCCACCAUUCAUGUUACGUGUCAGAGAAGCCGCUGCUGAUUUCGGCUGGGCGGCAUCUGAACGGUCUGGUUUCGUCAAAGCCAUCGGAGAGGUACUGAAGCGCCCAGAGUCGUCGAAGGCUCUGUUUGAACUCGACAAUUUGCUGCUCCGCCUGCAACAUGAGAACACGUUGGUCAACCAGAUGGUCGGCGUUCUUACAAUCACGAAUCAAGAAUUCCACUCUUUGCUCUAUCGAUCGACACAUCACUUGGCCAUGUCGUUACAGAGUCAAACUGAGAUUGACACCACAUCAGGACGGCUCAAAAUCAAAGGAGCGUUCAACGUCCUUCAGACGUUCGAGGUCGAUAUGGACAUUUUUCCCACAAGUCCUGCAACAAUGGGCUCUCAAGUAUUGAACGUCCGUCACGCUACGAUACUGGUCGCUGCACUAAUAGCAUGUCUUCGCAGCGUGAUGCUCCAGACGUGCAUCGAGCCUGAUGCUAUUCGCGAGUUGUUUCAUGAAGAAGAUGAGGUUUUCCUUGUGCAGUGA